AUGGCUUCGCGGCAAGAAGAUGCAAGUGCCCUCACGCAAGCUUCAUGCCCAUGGGUUGCUCAAGACUCUCCAAGAAUUUUACUCCUAGGCCAAGGAAGCCCUUCACCACCGCAAGAGAGUAUAGGAAGUUGUUUAUUCGAAAGGGAGGUUCAAGUUUUCAAGAAACAAGGUGGUCAAGAAAUUCAAGAACCUCGAAGGGUGGUUCAAGUUAUCAAGGCACAAGGUGAUCAAGAACCACAAGAAGAGAGGGAAGGAGCGCGGAAACAGGUGGAGUGGCGUCAGCGGACUGAUGGUGCCUUGGUUUCUGGCCAGGGAGUAGAGGGCAAAAUUGCCGGAAAUGGUGAUCCUGAGAUGGGUGCUCCCUCUGUGGUCGCUGAUAUAGGGCGGGGGGUGCAGCACCAAACAUGGGUUCAGAAGGCGCCGAUGUUAUUGACUAAUUUUGUUAACGUUUCGACAGCAGAAGAAGUUUUGGCUGGUGAUGGGACUGCUGCACUUUCGGUUGCUGCUGAUGUGAUUGCUGCUAUACCUGAAACGUCUUCGGGGGAUUUAAAGGAGUUGGAGCAGGCCUCGGCUCAUACGUUGGUAAUGCAGGUGGAGGAACGGGAGAGGGAGGAGUUGGUCGCGGCGUCUGUUAAUACCUUUGCGGUGUUGAACGCUAUUGAUGACAUGGAGGUGCAGGAUUUUGAUCGUAUUCCUGCUAGGUCUGCUGGUCAUUUUCGGGCAGCCAAGGGGCAUAGACGGCAGUGCUCGGACGGGGAUAAUCCGGGGGAAGUAGCACCGUGGGAGCAGCUAAAACAGUUUCAAAUGGUGUUGCAUCGUCGGCUGCGCCAUGCUUCAAAGCGAUCAAGGGAGGGGCUGAGUGCGCGGGAGCAGCCUCAGGUCACGGGCGCUGGUCGAAUUGAAAUUAGGCUCCAGGGUGGCCACUCGGAGAACGCUCCUCUUAAUCAGGUUCAGUUCCAAUCUAAAAAUCACUAUUCUUUGCGAAUAAGAUUGCUGGUUCUUUUGGAACCUUUGUCGGACAUUCCACAAUUGGAGGUGGUACGUCGGCUCCUGGGGUUUGAUAAGGCUUUGGGAGCAUUGCAUAACAAGGUGUGGGUAUUUUGGUAUAGUGAGCUGUCUUUGAGCUUCAGGGAGAUGGCAGAGCAGCUUCUUCACAUGCACAUCAUAUUUUCCUCUGGGUGUUCAAUUCAAGUUUCGGCAGUUUAUGCUAGAUGCUCGAGGGUGGGGCGUCGAGAAUUGUGGUCGGCAAUGGAAGGAUUAGCGGGAGAGGUUAUCGGGCCAUGGCUACUGGCAGGGGAUUUUAAUGUCAUCUCCACCUCGGAGGAGCGUGUGGGCGGUUCUCCGGCUAAUGCAAGGAACAUGGAGGAAUUUAAUGCAGCUAUCGGCAGUUGUGGCUUGUCGGAGGUGCCAUUUGAUGGGGGGUUAUUUACCUGGACGAAUGGUAGAGUAUGGCAGAGAUUGGAUAGGGCCUUCUUGAAUCAGGAGUGGGCUGAUGGGUAUGAAUUCUCGCAUGUCUCCCACUUGGCCAGGGGACGGUCAGAUCAUGCUCCAGUCUUGAUUAACUGUCAGAAUGGGGGCCACAGCAAGCGGUCGUUUAGAUUUCUGAAUGUUUGGAGGCGGCAUUCGGGUUUUAUGAACGUGGUUCGACAGGGUUGGGCGAUGCCGGUUGAGGGUGAGGGUAUGCUGAAAUUUUAUAACAAGCUGAAAGCUGUUAAGGGGUGCCUGCAGGUUUGGAAUGUCCAAGUAUUUGGCAACAUUUUUAGCAAGGUACGGGAGGCCGAGGCUUUGAUGAAGCAACGUGAGGAGCAGUUUGACGCGGAGAUGGAUUCGGCGUCCUGGGCAGCGUUGGAGGAGGCAAAGGCGGCUUAUGCACGGAGUUUGGCGUUGGAGGGUGAGUAUUGGAGGCAGAAGGCGGGCAUCAAAUGGUUGCAGGUUGGGGAUGCUAACUCAGCAUAUUUUCACUCUAAAUGCCGGCAACGGCGAAAUUUCAAUUUUGUCGCUCGAAUUAAAGAUCAGUCGGGUGCAUGGUUGGAGGAUCUACAACACAUCAGGCAGUCCGCAGUGGAUUUCUAUUCGUCUUUAUUCGCUUCUGAACGACAUGGGUGGCAUUCGCCGGUGCUUCCCUUCUCGGUCCCUCAGUUGGCGCCGGCGGACAAUGACAUGUUAGCUGCUUUACCAGACAUGGCAGAAUUAAAGGGGGUGGUUUUCGCGUUGGACGCAGACAGUGCACCAGGACCAGACGAUUUUGGGGCGGGUUUUUACCAAGCCUGUUGGGAUAUUAUCCAGUCUGAUUUAUUGGAGGCGGUUCAGGCUUUUUUCCAGGGUAUGCGUUUGCCUAGGAGUUUCACUAGCACAUCUAUUUUGUUAUUGCCUAAGAUCGCAGGCGCCAUGCAGUGGAAGGACUUUCGGCCAAUUAGUCUUUGUAACGUCUGUUCUAAAGUUAUUUCUAAGCUCGUCUCGGAUCGAUUGGGUAGGGUUCUCCCUGCCUUAGUAUCACCGUGGCAGACUGGUUUUGUUCCAGGCCGGGGGAUAACGGAUAACAUCCUUUUGACGCAGGAGCUGGUGGUAGAUUUAGAUAGGCGCCUGAGACACCCGAACCUCAUGUUAAAGUUGGACAUGGAAAAGGCAUAUGACAGGGUCGAGUGGCCAUUUCUUUUGUUUAUGCUUCGUAAAUUUGGUUUUGCGGAACAGGUGGUCGACAUUUUCUUUCGUCUGGUGUCUAAUAAUUGGUUCUCAGUAUUGGUGAAUGGUGAGGCUGCUGGAUUUUUUAAAUCUUCAAGGGGUGUUAGGCAGGGCGACCCGGUUUCUCCUGGCCUAUUUGUGUUAGUGGCAGAAUUUUUAGGCCGCGGGUUACACCAUCUGCUGGAGCGUCAGCCUGGUCGGUAUUUUGUUACGGCAGGGCUUCCGGUGCCGUACCUUGCUUUUGCGGAUGAUAUGCUUUUGUUCACAAGAUGUUCAGAGGAGUGCCUGGUUGCAAUAAAGGGUUUUUUGUCGGAGUACGAGGAGACUUCAGGCCAAAGGGUGAAUGUCAGCAAGAGCUCUUUUUUUCUGCCUUCAGGGGCUACGUCGGAACAGGAGCAGUUGGUGACUAGGGUCCUAGGCUUUCACAGGCAAUGCUUCCCAUUCACCUAUUUGGGUGCUCCUAUAUAUAAAGGCCGGAGGCGGGGUGUCUUGUUUGAUGAUAUUGUCUCUAAAAUGCGGGCCCGUCUUGAACACUGGAGUACUAAGCUGCUCUCCUUUGGGGGUAAGAUGGUUUUAGUACGGCAUGUACUGGCUUCAUUACCUAUGUACUUACUUCAGGUGGUGAAUCCUCCAAAGGCGGUACUCACACGGUUGGGUACAAUUUGUAAUUCCUUUCUUUGGGAUAAUAAGGGGGAGAGGCGCAUUCAUUGGUCUUCCUGGGACAAGCUGUGUUUUCCCAUUGAUGAGGGGGGUCUGGGUUUUCGGUCCUUUAAUGACAUGGCAAGGGCUUUUGCGGUUAAACUAUGGUGGCGGUUUAGGCUUGGAGAGUCCAUUUGGGCAAAGUUCAUGCAUGCCAAAUACAUCAAAGGAGUUCAUCCUUCGGAGGCAUUGGUAGAGCGGGCUACAGAUACGUGGAAGCGUCUUGUGGCCGUACGUCAAAUGGCUGAACAGAACAUUAGGUGGUGUUUAGGGGAAGGACUUGUGGAUUUUUGGAAGGAUAGAUGGGUUUUUAAUGAGCCCUUAGAGAGUGUGGUGGGUGGCUCUGACAAGCCUCAUUUUCAAGUCGCAGAGUUUAUUGCUAGGGAUGGUUGGGAUGAACAGCGGCUUGGCCGGUGGGUUCCAGGGUUUGUCGUCCAGGCGAUCAAAGAAGUGUCUCACGAUGUGGCUCGGAAGGAUAUGAUGGUGUGGGUGCCUUCGCCAUCGGGCGAUUUCACGGUUAGGUCGGCAUGGGAGGUGCUUCGGCAAAGGAGGCUUCGUUCAGUUGUCGAUUCCCUUCUUUGGCCUUCGGUUUUGCCGGCCAAAAUGUCUUUUUUGGCCUGGAGAUUGGUGCGUAAUUUCCUCCCUCUAGAUAUGACAUUGAGUUUUCGGGGUUUGGCUUUGCCCUCUCGGUGCGGGUGUUGCUACCUGGCGGAGGAGACUCUUUUGCAUGUUUUCUUAACUGGUCCAGUUGCUUCGGAAGUGUGGAGGAGAGUGUCUGGCCGAUUUGGUUUUCAGCUGCGUAAUUGCUCCAGUAUGACGUCGAUUUUUAUCUCUUGGCAUUUUACGUCAGCUUCCUCUACGAAGGAUCACAUUCGGGCAGUCAUGCCGGUUGUAGUGUGCUGGUUCCUUUGGCUUGCCAGGAACCAGGAGCGGUAUCAGGGCAGGCGAUGGGAGGUUGGCAGGAUACUCCGCGAGAUGGAUUGUUUUCUGGACCAGCUCGGGAGGGCAGGUAAGUUUCGUCGGGCGCAUUUUACGGGGGAUGCGGAUUGUGAGUUACUCAGGUUCAUUAAAGUUUCCCCGCGGAGGGGGACCCCUUGUGCGGUGGCCUGGGAGAAACCGCCACUAAGUUUGCUUAAGCUCAACUCGGACGCGAGUGUGAAUCGUGGUAGGGCCUCGGGUGGUGGUCUAUUGCGGGAUAGUCAUGGGAAGUUGAUCUUUGCUUUCUACAAGGAAUUUGGAGAUCACCAGGUGUUGGAGGCAGAAAGUAUGGCUUUGUUGUUGGGUUUGCAGUUGUGUGUUCAGAGGGGGUUUUGCCCUUCAUUGGUAGAGGUGGACUCCAAAACGUUGGUGCAUUUGGUUGGCUCUGGGGUCAUUGCUAAAUGGCCAUUAUGUAAUAUUUUGAGGAAGAUAAGAGAUCUUUUGGAAGGUUUUUCGGCUUCUCUCUCACAUAUUUUCCGGGAGGCUAACUCCUCUGCGGAUAGGUUAGCAGCUUUAGGGGCUGGAAGCACCCGGGUGUAUGAUCAGGUUCACCAACUGCCGGCUCUGGUUCGGGCUUCGAUUAGUCUUGACGCACGGGGUGUGCCGGGUGUUCGUUGGAUCAGUGAAGUGAGUUAG